AUGUCAUAUAACGACAAAACGAUGCCCUGUAUUACUUUAAAACAAGUAGAAGAACACAAUGGCAGCGACAAAAAAUCAUCAUGGAUUGUUUUGUAUGAUCAGGUAUAUGAUAUAACAUCAUUCCUUAAUAUUCAUCCAGGAGGCAAUAUUAUUCAAUAUGCAGCAGGAAUUCCUGAUGCAACAUGUUUAUUCGAGAGUUAUCAUAGUACGAACAGUAUCAAGAAAUGUCAAGCAUUAUUAAUGAAACAUGGUAAAUACCUCGGAGAAAUAUCUACUGAAGUAGAUUCUGAGUGUAAAUAUAUGAUAAAUAAUGACAAUGAUGAUAAUACUGGCACAACAGUAGAUUCGACUAAGUUCUUUUACACACUUCGCAAUCGAGUUGAUGCAUACCUUCAAAAAACUAAUGGUGGUCGUCAUGUAUACCAAUCGAUAUAUCAGAUCGAAGCUAUAUUGACAUUAACAUUAUAUUGCAUAGCGAUCUAUUAUAAAAGUUUUCAAUGCAGUUAUCUUGCAGCUGUGUGUUUAGGUGUAAUUAUGGCACGAAUGGGUUUUUUGAUGCAUUCGGGUAAUCAUUGUGCUAUAUCAUCAAAUCCAUAUUGGAAUCAGUUUGUUGGUUUCUUCAUGGAUAUAAUUGGCAGUUCUCAUUAUACAUGGAAUUAUGAACAUCAAAUAGCACAUCAUAUCAUGCCCAACGAAUAUCGUAGAGAUAACGAUUGUGAAAUAGGCGAUCCAUUAUUUCGAUUUCAUCCAUUUAUUUCUGACAUUGAACAAACGAAAAAUGAAAAUAUGAAAGAGAAAUCAUCUCGUUUUCGUAUUUUCGUACGUCGAUAUCAACAUAUUCUUGUUCCUACUUUAAUGAGUAUUGGAUUUUUGAAAUGGACAAUAAAUGAUAUUGAAUAUUUAAUCAAAUCAAAAGCUGGUAAUAUUCGUUUAGCUACUAAAUUUAUUAUCAUUAUUUCAACAUUAAUAUCUAAAGUUUUAUGGUUGAUAAUUCAUAUAAUUAUUCCUUACAUAUAUUUUGGUGGAAAAUACACAUUAAUUACUUUCAUCAUCUUUAUGGUAAUCGGUGCAUAUUAUCUCGAAAAUAUCUUUAUUGUCAAUCACAUACAAGAAAAGUUGCAAAUACCACCAAUGAUCAAUGUUGAUAAUCGACGAUCGUUGCACUGGGCUAUUCAUCAAGUUUACACAACAGCUAAUUGGAAAUCUGGUAGUUAUAUUGCCACUUUUCUUAGUGGUGGAUUAAAUCAUCAAAUCGAGCAUCAUUUAUUUCCUUCUAUGAAUAUUUAUCUUUAUCCAAAAAUUGCACAUAUUGUUCAAGAAGAAUGUUACAAAUUUGGUUUACCCUAUCAUAAUUAUAAUUCAUUUACAACUGCAUGGAUAGAUAUGUUUUAUUAUUUGAAAAAAUUAGGUAAUCCUAAUACAAAUUGA